AGAAGCCCCAAGCUCGUCAGUCAAGCCGGUUCUCCGUUUGCACUCAGGAGCACGGGCAGGCGAGUGGCCCCUAGUUCUGGGGGCAGCGCUUCAGCAUCCCAGCCCUAGUUCCCAGCCUAAAGCCUCGCCUGCCUGCCCAGUGCCAGGAUGGCUACCAUCACCUGCACCCGAUUCACAGAAGAGUACCAGCUCUUUGAGGAACUGGGAAAGGGAGCCUUCUCUGUGGUGCGCAGGUGUGUGAAGGUGCUGGCUGGUCAGGAGUAUGCUGCCAAGAUUAUCAACACCAAGAAGCUUUCAGCCAGAGAUCACCAGAAGCUGGAGCGUGAGGCCCGCAUCUGCCGCUUGUUGAAGCACCCCAAUAUCGUCCGACUCCAUGACAGCAUCUCCGAGGAGGGGCACCACUACCUUAUCUUCGAUCUGGUUACUGGUGGGGAACUGUUUGAAGACAUUGUGGCCCGGGAGUAUUACAGUGAAGCUGAUGCCAGCCACUGUAUCCAGCAGAUCUUGGAGGCUGUGCUACACUGUCACCAGAUGGGGGUGGUGCAUCGUGACCUGAAGCCUGAGAAUCUGUUGCUGGCCUCGAAGCUCAAGGGCGCUGCUGUGAAGCUGGCAGACUUUGGCCUGGCCAUAGAGGUGGAGGGGGAGCAGCAGGCAUGGUUUGGGUUCGCAGGGACACCUGGAUACCUCUCCCCAGAAGUGCUGAGGAAGGACCCGUACGGGAAGCCCGUGGACCUGUGGGCCUGUGGCGUCAUCCUGUAUAUCUUGCUGGUUGGGUAUCCCCCGUUCUGGGAUGAAGACCAGCAUCGCCUGUACCAGCAGAUCAAAGCUGGUGCCUAUGAUUUCCCAUCACCAGAAUGGGACACCGUCACCCCAGAAGCCAAGGAUCUGAUCAAUAAGAUGCUGACCAUCAACCCGUCCAAACGCAUCACGGCCGCUGAGGCUCUCAAGCACCCAUGGAUCUCGCACCGCUCCACCGUGGCCUCCUGCAUGCACAGACAGGAGACCGUGGACUGCCUGAAGAAGUUCAAUGCCAGGAGGAAACUGAAGGGAGCCAUCCUCACCACUAUGCUGGCCACCAGGAACUUCUCCGGAGGGAAGAGCGGAGGAAACAAGAAGAACGAUGGUGUGAAGAAAAGAAAGUCCAGUUCCAGCGUUCAGUUAAUGGAAUCUUCUGAGAGCACCAACACCACCAUUGAGGACGAAGACACCAAAGUGCGCAAACAGGAAAUUAUCAAAGUGACAGAGCAGCUGAUCGAAGCCAUAAGCAAUGGAGACUUUGAGUCCUACACGAAGAUGUGCGACCCUGGAAUGACAGCCUUUGAACCAGAGGCCCUGGGGAACCUGGUGGAGGGCCUGGACUUUCAUCGAUUCUAUUUUGAAAACCUGUGGUCCCGGAACAGCAAGCCCGUGCACACCACCAUCCUGAACCCUCACAUCCACCUGAUGGGUGACGAGUCAGCCUGCAUCGCCUAUAUCCGCAUCACUCAGUACCUGGAUGCAGGCGGCAUACCCCGCACGGCCCAGUCAGAGGAGACCCGCGUCUGGCACCGCAGGGACGGCAAAUGGCAGAUCGUCCACUUCCACAGAUCUGGGGCGCCCUCCGUCCUGCCGCAUUGAAGGACCAGGCCAGGGUCCCUGCGUCCUUGCUUCGCAGAGAUCCGCUCUUUGUCCGUGGAAUGUGGCUGCUGGUUCUCCUUUGGAUUUUGCUGGAAUUCUCCCUGUCAGAUCACCCUACCAUUGCCACCUAUGUACUCGCGUCACGAAAACCUGCUUGUUCACAGAAGUCGCCACGACAUCACAGUGAACAGCCAGCUCUCCCCAGCUCCGUUGCCCAAGCUCUUCCUGCCAGUGGGGACCUUCUUCCGGCUUAAGUACCCAGGGUGCUGGCCCCAGGAACCCCCACCCCCUACCCACUGUUGUUGGCCUAGCCUAGCUUUAGCUAUAGAUGGGGCCUCAGCUGUGCAAUUGGCAGGAAGUGAGGAAGAGGCAGGCAAGCUGUGUUGAGGGCACCUCUCAUCGAUUCCUUCUUUCCUGGGGUUCCCCGGGGAAGCUCACACGAGGCCCUCAGUCUCCAAGCCAACCCCUUAUGAGGGAGAGUGAGAGAGGAGCCAACGCCAGUGAGCCAGGAACUGCUGCUCUCAUCUGCUCUCCUCUGUGUUGGCCUUGCCUUUGACCAGACCAUCCGCUACGAGGGGUGGGCUCUACCGCCCAGGUGCCCCACUCACUCUGCCUCAGUCCUCCUGUGAAGUUUGCCUCCAGUGUUGACCCACCCACCCUGCCCUUCAACGUCCUUGGAGAAUUCCAGCUUCAUCUGUCUGAGAGGAGAUUGGAAGGUGUUUCAGGGGCAAAGCAAGCAACAUUUAGGUAUCACUUCUACUUGGACGCAUGCCUUUUUACAGCCAAACUUCCGUGUAUUUCGUAAAUGGAUUUUGCGUUAACGGACAUCUAUGUGAUAACUAGACCUCUCAAGUUUACUGUAAAGAAGAGUCGGAUGGGUUGGGAAGUGGGUGGGAAGAGGAGUGAGAGGAAGUUUUAACCCCAUUCCAGAGGGUCUUUUUUUUGGGGGGUGUCCCUUCUGGGGGAGGGUGCUUUCUGAGGUGGCCUCACCCCCCAGGGAGCAUGGUUUCCUUCCAUUAUGGUCCCCAAAGUCAGCUGACAAGAUUUCUUCCAGAGCCAGCAUGACUAACACACAGUGAGUCAGGUCAGGGGAGGCUAUCAGGAAGGGGUUAUCUAGACUUGGCAUCUCUGGAACUGGAGACCUCACUACCCUACUUCCCAGGAAAUCUUUCCCGUAUCCUUGUGCUAUCUCUCCUCAGCCCAGCCCCCACUCACCACCUUCUAGGCACAUUAUUCUCAUCACCUCUCUCAACUUGGCCAAGCAAGAGUGCCAGAAACUUAUUUUCCUACUUCAUGCUGAACUUGGCCUGGUGUGCGCUCUAUUGUGCUUGCCUGCCUCCCUGGCCUUCCUCGACUCCCCUGCCCCGACAUACACACACACACACACACACACACACACACGCACACGCACACGCGCGCACACACACACAUGCACACGCACAUGCACACACUCACACCACUUCCUUCCACCACUUCCUUCCUCCCCCCUCUCCCUCCCUUUCUCUUUCUCUUCUCUCCCUCUUCCUGGGUUUGGCUCUUGUAUGGAAUGCUGUAUCUCAUUCACGGGGAUCUCCUGUCUGCACUGUUUUCUUUGCAUGACUUUAUAUGCAGUAAGUAUGUUGAAAAACAAACAAAAAACAAAAAAGGAGAAAAACACUCAACAAAAUCAAACGACACGUUUUUUUUUGGACAAAAAAUAAUAACAUUCAAGGUAAUAGUCUCAGUGUCCAACUUGGACUUACGUUGCUGCCUCUCCGUGCUUUUGGUCUCUCUGUGGCUAUGUUUUGCCAGCAUGAGACCCUGUUCCCUCUGGAAGUUGCUAGGGGAGGAAGAGCCAUGCGUCCAGGGGUUUGGAGACAGCUUUAUCCUCUCGGCUUUUCUGAGGGUCGAUGGGAGCAGAAGUGGAAGGGAUGUUUAAUCCAGAACUUUCUGGUAUUCCCCUUUCGCCUACAUGUGAGCUAUAUCCCGGGCUCUUCUCUCAAAUCCUGCUGCCCAGGGACAAGUACAGGGUAGAAGAGUGGCUCUCUUGUCUAAGCCGCUCCACUGUAGCCUCUGCCCUUGGUAGAGACACUGCUACCCAGGCCCAAGAAUGGGCCCUUGUCCUGCCCCAGAACCAGGCUUCUUCAUAAGGCUCAGCAAACCCAUUGUCCCCAGCCACUCCCCAGAUAAAGGUAAAGGAGGGUGUGGCCUUUACCAGGGGACACUGCAAUCUCCAUGCAGGAUCUACAAUCCCUUCUUCAAGCCUCAGUUUCUCCAUCAAUGUUCCUACCCAGACUGAUGGAGGGUCAGAGUAAAAGAUGUCACAAGCACCCACCACCUCUGAGAGCUUGUUGGGUUUGUCACUGGCUGGCCCUCUUAUGCACCAGGUCUGGCCAACCCCCACCCUUUCCUCUGUGUGCCCCUCAUUUUACUAUUUGGUGCCAGUCCGUUGAUGACCAGCAAUGGACUGCAGGGGAAAGAAGUGUUUGGGGGCUCUGAUCCCGGGUUCUGACCAGAUCCGGGUUUUGUGUAGCUUUGGGUAAAUCCUUUGCCCUCUUCAGGCUUUAGUUUCGCCAACCAGAAGAUGCCUAUGCCCUGCCUUCCGUUGGCUAACAUGCCCCUGUCCACUAUGUGCUUGUUCACGUGUGGGAGAAGUGGAGGCAAGUCCCUGCCCCAGUCUGAGACGGCCCCCUCUGCAGAGGCCGCUCCUGUGGGUGGGCAGCCAACUAAUGAAGACCUUGGGACACUACGAUGGCCCCAAGGUGACAGGCAGGGGAACAGGCAGAAAAACUGUCCAGAGCCCACCCUCAUCUGACAAGCUCCAUGCUCCGUCCAAAUACCCUCCAGAUGAAAAAAAAAAGAGAGAGAGAGAGAAAGAAACAAAGAGUCAAAUCACAUUUAUAGGAAAAGCGUCUCCAGCUCUAUGCACCAUAGCUCAAAUCCUGCCCCAUGGCUUCCCCACCCCCCUUCAAAGGGAGAGCCUUGGGGGAAUGCGUUUGCCAGGCCCCGUGCUGGCUUCUUUGUUACUAUUUGUUUAGGGUUUUGUUCUAGUUCUCUCUCUCUCUCUCUCUCUCUCUCUCUCUCUCUCUCUCUCUCUCUCUUUCUUUUUUAAUCUGUGGCUGUGAACUUGAAUGACCACUGCUCAAACUUUCUGCUACUGGGGGGGUGGGGGAGGGGAGAAGAGAUGUCUGGUUUAUUCUUGGCGUUUUCAGUGGAAUAAAUAGCUACAAAUUUAUGUGAGUCCGUGUCUUCCUGAAUUGGUCAAGGCACAGAGCCCCAGGAACUGGCAUUUUGCUUUGGCUUGUUUUUUGGGUUUUUUGUUUGUUUGUUUGUUUUUGUUUGUUUCAAAUCUCCCCUGUUGCAAAAUAAAAGUCCUGGUCCUAUGGAUUGGAA